GAACCAUAAUUAUGGUGUUCACUUCCACUUCCACUUAUACUCAUGGUAGAAAAACCAUCAUUAAUCAUAUCAGUUUCAUGCCUAAUAGCACUCAUACCAUGUGGAGUGAUCGAAUUUUGAGUACGCUCACGUUGACAAUCUCGAGUUGAUUUUGAGCGUCGUUCAUAUUGAAGCAUUCGUCGAGAGCCAUGAUCUUCAUCUUGUGUAGCAUGUGUAAAUCCUUCCUCAACAGUGAAUACAAUUCCAUGUGGACUUUGGCUCCCCAUACCUCCAUCACCACCACCUCCAUCGCCUCCAUGUCCAUGGCUAUCACCACCUCCACUGUAACCAUCUCCACUACUACCACCACAACUAUCUUCAUCAUCAUCUUCACCGACAUCAUCAUUGCUACCAUCACUAUUAUGAUCAUCCUCAGUACUACUAGUGACAGUGAUAGGUUGCUUACGUCUUAAUGGACCUCUCAUUAGUCUGUCAAACUCUUCAUCAUCCAUUGCUUUACUUGAUCCUCCUCUACUUAUUUU